AUCAUUUUGUUUAAUCGCUCACAACACGUUUUAUAUUUGUCAACUACAGAUAAUAAUAACAAUAAUAUAAUUAUGGAGAUAGUUGUUUCAGUUGGUGCACCCUCUGCUGAUAUGUGGGAUGGAGGCAGUGUAAGAGAGUUCUAUUACACUAGCCAAGACGGAUGGCCCUGCAUCCGCUCGAUCGACCCAGUCGGCAAAGCAUUCGAGUUUAUUUGGAAGAGGGUCCAGAAGAAGGAGCCCGACACUGGUCUCUACGAGGACCGCCAGGCCGACGACGGCAGCAGCAGCAGCAGUAGUGACGACGACGGCGACAAGGAUGAGCACUUCAAGAAGCUCAAGGAGAAGUACCAGGGCAAGUCCAAGGACUGGCUCAAGGACAUUGACAACUACGAGAUCAUGGGUCUGGCGCAUCUCCGCUGGAGAGCCACCGAGAACGACAUCAAGAACGCCUACAAGAAAAUGAUCCUCAUCUGCCAUCCCGACAAGAACGAGGGAGGCAGCGACGAAGCGUUCAAGUCGCUGCAGAAGGCGUACGACGUGCUGUCUGACGCCAAGAAGCGUCGCGCCUACGACUCGAAGGAGCCAUUCGAUGACUCGCUGCCUACAUCCACCGAGGCUGACCGCGGCGACUUCUUCAAGGUGUUUGAGCCAGUGUUUGAGAUGAACUCUCGCUGGUCCAGCGUGCAGCCCGCACCCAAGGUCGGCGACAUGAACACUCCAUUCGACAAGGUCAUGAAGUUCUACGACUUCUGGUGGUCGUUCAAGUCGUGGCGUGACUUCUCCUUUGACGAUGACUACGAGCUUGACCAGGCCGACUCUCGUGACGAGAAGCGUUGGAUGGAGAAGCAAAACGAGAAGAAGCGUACCAAGUUGAGAAAGGACGAGUCUGCAAGAAUCCUAGAGUUGGCCAACAUGGCUUACAAGAGAGAUCCAAGAGUUAUUAAGAAGCAGAAGGAUGAGGAGGAUGCCAAGAACGCUGCCAAGCAGGCAAAGAUUGAUGCCAAGAGAAAGUUGGAGGAGGAGAAGGAGCAGAAGGAGCGUGAGGAGAAGGAACAGAAAGAGGCAGAGGCCAAGAGGAUAAAGGAGCAGGAGCUCGAGAAGAAGAACAAGAGAAAGGCUGAGAACAGAAUCAUCCACAACAUCAAGCACGCAUUCAGACAGCUGUGCUACGGCCCACCCAAGCCUCUCUACAUGCCCAUGCCCACCAUCGAGGACGUCGAGUUCAUCUGUGGUGAGAUGGUGCCACCCGAGCUGGAGCAGUACACCAAGGUUCUGACCGAGGCUGACAACGAGCAAAGGAAGGUGUUGUUCACUGGCAAGCUUGCUGAGCUGCAGGAGGCCAAGAAGGAGCGCGAGAGACAGCUGGCCGAGAGCAAGAAGGCCAAGCAGGAGGAGGUAGAGAGCGAGCGCAUCUGGACCGACGAGGAGCUGACCAUGUUGGCCAAAGCCAUCCAGAAAUUCCCCGCCGGUUGUGCCCAGCGUUGGGAGAGCAUUGCCACAAUGAUCCCAUCGAGGACUCUGAAGGAGGUGAUCAACAAGGCCAAGGAGGCCCAACCCACCAAGGCCUUCUCCAAGCCCGUCGUCCAGACCACCAGUGCCUACGACAAGUUCAAGUCCAAGGUCGGUGACAAGGCUAUCUCAUCCGAGUUGUCUCACAGAUACGAGGUUGCCCCUGUCGCUGCUGCCGAGAAGAAGCCAGCCGCUGCUGCUUCCACCUCCACCACUACUGCCGCCGCCGCCGCCCCUGCUGCUGCCGCUGCUGCUGCACCCGCUGUCGAGAAGAAGAAGGAGGAGAUGUGGACCCCUGAUGAGCAGAAGUUGCUCGAGGAGGCCAUGCUCAAGUUUGACAAGACAUUGACCGAUCGUUGGGACAAGAUCGCAGAGCACGUCAAGAGAUCAAAGAAGGACUGUGUCGCUCGCUAUAAAUACCUGGUCACGCUCUACAAGACA